AUGGACUAUUUGGAGGAACAGCGUCUUCUCCUUUGUCUGCCAAAGAUAUCAGACAUGAACACAAUGCAUUUUACCCACAAAGCUUUUCUUGUCUUUCUAAGCAGCGAGAUUCUCUCCCAAGCUGCUCCAAUAAAGAGCCCCGCCUCUGAACUGACUCCAACACCCGCUUCUAUUACCGCUUAUCCAAUUUUCGAUAUCUGCUCAAAGAAUGAGGAUUGCGGUCACCCUGAGAUGAACAAGAGUGAUGGCGAUCCCGAGAAACCGAGCUCUACUCCCACGCCACCUGCAACACCCACUCCCACCCCUCCAAGGAGCUAUGGUGACUAUGGAGAUUAUGGACGCUACGGGAAUUACGGAAGUUAUGGGACCUACAUGUCAUACAGAUAG